AUCGCGUCUGAACUCAAGUGGAAUACACUAUAUGAACUAUACUUGAGGCAUCGCAGUUACACCUCGGUCUAUCAAAGGCCGGUGUUAUUCUUUAGCAUUUAGUUCAAGUCUCAAAAUGACAUUGCUAUCAGGAACUUGGGCUAUAGCAAUUGCCAAUUUAUUGACACCUCUAGCUGUUGUUGUGUUUUCGUCCGGAUUCUUCCCUUACAAGCCAGUAAUUCCAGGGCUUGCAAAGUUUGACAGCAAUGACAGCAUUACUACAGUGCCCAAAGCCUUUGACAAAGUCAUCUUCAUGGUGGUUGAUGCUUUGAGGAGCGAUUUUGUCUAUUCUAAUAAUUCAGGAUUCUCCUUUACACAAAGCCUGAUUCGAUCAGGAGCCGCACUUCCAUUCACAGCCUAUGCUAGUUCACCAACUGUUACAAUGCCUCGUCUGAAAGCUAUGACAACUGGCUCCAUACCAUCAUUUUUAGACGUAAUUCUUAAUAUUGCAGAGUCUGACACUUCGUCAACUUUAUUAUAUCAGGACACAUGGUUAACACAGUUAAAAACAAGAGGAGAUCAGCUCAUCAUGUAUGGGGAUGAUACUUGGCUCAAACUGUUUCCUGGAAUGUUUAAAAGAGAAGAUGGAACUAACAGCUUCUUUGUUUCGGACUUCAGUGAAGUUGACAACAAUGUGACUCGCCAUGUCUCUAAUGAGCUCCUUCGGGACGACUGGUCGGCCUUUAUCAUGCAUUACCUAGGCCUCGAUCACAUAGGCCAUAAAGCCGGUCCCCAGAGUCCUUAUAUGGCAGAGAAGCAUCGCGAAAUGGACUCGGUUGUCUCCCAGAUCUACACAAGCAUGGAAAAAGAAAAACAUCUAGAAUCCACCCUUUUUGUAUUGUGUGGUGACCAUGGCAUGAAUGAUGCCGGAAACCAUGGAGGCUCAUCUCUGGGUGAAACAUCGCCCGCACUGGUUUUUAUGUCACCCAAGUUUCAAGCCCUAGGAACAUUUAGGGAAUCCCCUAUGGACCCGCUCAACGACUUCCAAUAUUACCGAACAGUCGAGCAAACAGACAUAACUCCGACCCUGGCAGGACUUCUAGGCUUCCCUAUACCUUUGAAUAGCUAUGGAGUAUUCAUCCCAGAACUUCUUGGCGUAUGGAACACGAAUCUUCAAAAAGUCCAUAUAUUACUUGCAAACUCUAAGCAGUUAUUAAGGACAGUGAAGGAAGCGUUCCCGGGUCAUAAUUUCGACCCCGAUUUGAACAGUAUUCAUUGUGAAGUCGAACCGUUACUCAAUAUUGAAGAAGCCCAGUGUUCAUGGCUCCGGGUUCUUCGGUUACUACACGACUCUGGUGGUAUCGAUAACGAUGACCUUUAUGCCGAACUUGAGUCUGCUCUCCUUCAAUUUUCGAGAAUUUCCCAGAAAUUGAUGAGCAGCGCGGCGAGUAAUUACAAUAUCGGCAACCUCGUUCUAGGAUUGGGUCUCAUUGUCUUGGUUACUGCUCUCUCUUUCCCAACUGCCUACAACUUGCUUUCCACGUCCGGGCAUGUUGAAGCAUUUUUCAUGCUGAGUAUCCUUAUCUACGGUGGCAUGAUGUUUGCUAGUAGUUAUGUCGAGGAAGAACAACAGUUUUGGAAUUGGAUUUUUACAGCGUGGGUCUUUUACCUGCACAUCAAAUCAGCUACGCGUUCACAUUGUUCCAUAUCCCGGCAGCACCGAAUGAGCAAACGCCGUCGCUCAUAUGUACCACUCCUUGCGAGGUAUGGCGGAGUGGCGCUUUUAGUAUCUCAUCGAGUAUUGAGGCGCUGGAACCAGACAGGUCAAAAGUUUGCUGCUGAGCCAGACAUCGCUCGGACGUUCUUACCUUCUCACAGACUCGUAUUAUGGUUCUUAGUCGUCCUAACAUACACUGGCACUUGUAUGCGCCUGACUGACCGUUAUCUAUCGAGGAUGUGGCGUCUAUGCUGUCUCGUCGUCACAACAUCUGCUCUCCUCUUGAAAGUGGCCUUCGUGGCAGCAGACUCCCCUGAGCUUUUUUAUGAGAGUCUAUUAACUCCUUUGAGGGGGAUUCUCAACGGAAGAAUGCUCAUUAUUUUCACAAGGCUUGUCAUGGGUGGCAUUCUUUCACUUGUUCCAUUAUCAGUGUAUAUUGCUAGGAAGAGCGGUACAAGACCAUUCAAGGAAGAAGGCACCGUUUUCCAUGAAGCCCUGACUUUAUUCUUGAUAACACAGUCAAGGGUUACAAAUAUUCCGAUUUUUCUCAUUUUUAGGCUACACGCUAAGAUCAUUGCUCCGAUGAGGCUAUCUGUCCUUGAGCUAACUGUUACUUCGUUGCUUGCGCAAUAUAUGACGUUUUUCGCCUUUGGGGGUUCUAACGCCAUAUCUUCUGUCGAUCUAUCCAAUGCUUAUAAUGGUAUUGGUAAUUACAGUAUCAUUCUUGUCGGGAUUCUAACAUUUGUAAGCAACUGGUCGGGGCCAAUUUGGUGGGUAUCAGCUGCUCGGGUUCUUCGGUCAAAGCAGGCCCGGCAUGAAAGGAAAGCUUACUUAGCUAUUAUCACACUCCACAUGGCAACGUCCACAAUGUCUGUAAUGGCAGCGUGCACGGCUUUGAGGACACAUCUCUUUAUCUGGACGGUUUUCUCGCCGAAGUACCUUUAUGCUAUUGCUUGGGCUAUUGUCAACCACCUGACUGUGAACUUGCUCGGAGAGACCUUAGGAGAGACCUUAUUCUCAUAA